AUGCAGAAGACAAAAUUCCCUCUGAUUCUGUGGCUGAAUGGCGGACCGGGCCAGACAUCUCUCUUCGGACAAUUCAUAGAAAAUGGACCGGUUGGUAUCGAUAAAGAAGGGAACCUUUACAAGAGACACAACAGUUUGUAUGAAGACUAUGACAUCCUGUACUUGGCCCAACCAGUUGGCGCAGGAUUCAGCUUUACCCUAGACAAUGCAUACCCCAAGAGCAUGGAGAACAUCGCAAGCGAUAUGGAGAAGUUCUUGUGCUCAUUCUUCAGGCUGUUUAAGGAAUACCUCAACAUAGACCUAAACAUAGCUGGGGAAUCAUACAGAGUGAGGGCGGCCUCAGCUUUCGGAGUUCAUAUUCACGAGAUUAUGACAGGGAGUAACAAACCCCCAGCAAAUCUCAAAGGAGUCAUGUGCGGAGUUGGCCAGUUUACUGACACUCUAACACAAGUGGAUACAUCCGACCUCCUCUUAAGCCUUGGUCUGGUUGACCAGCACGGCUACAAGGAACUCACAGAUAACAUCGAUAUGAUGAAAAAACUUGUCACAAACUCGACAACGGUGCAGAGAUCCCUGGGAAUAUAUAUGAAGACCUUUGGAACGACCACGAAUUUCUCGGAUCCCAAAUUUUGUCUUCGACGAACAGGGUGCCACUACAAUGGAAACGCACUGAAGCCAACAGAGCCAGAGGAACACGUCAAAUUUGUUGCAAUGAUGCAUAACAAAACAUUUUGA